CCGCCGGUCAGGGGCUGGUGGACCUGACGGGUCAGAUCAUUGGUCCAAUAGCCGACGUUGUCGCUGCAGGUGAUUUCGGAAUGGCUUACAAAUGUGAAUGGACACGACCGACAGGUCCUAUGAAGGUUGCAGUAAUAGUCAUCAAGGUUCACGUAUUAGAGCUAUAUUUACAGAGCUUUCGACAGGUGGCUGAGAACUGUGCUGUCCUCAUGCACGACAACAUCGUUCCUGUGUUUGGGAUGACAGAAGAAUUUGGGUCAUCUCCAGCUUUGGUUCUUCCAUGGUUCCAGACCGGUACACUGCUCUGUCUCAUCGCGGGACAGGGUGCUGCGUUGAACAUCAGGCCGAGGCUAAAUUUACUUCAUGGCGUGAUCUCUGGCCUUUGCUAUCUUCAUGAGUUGGGGGUGGUACAUGGGGACAUCACGAGUUCUAACAUUCUGGUUGACGUCAAGGAAGGAGAAUAUGUAGCGCGUUUAACAGGCUUCAGUCUGGCAACAAUCUUCAGUGGCCGUUCAAGGGACCACACAAUCAGAUCAAAUGAUGGUACCAUCAGGUGGACCGCGCCUGAGUUGCUGAAGCGCGUCAUGUUUCAUGUGUUAGCACUGGUCAUUCCUUGGAAUGAUAUAAAUGACAUUGUAGUUCUUCAAAGAAUUCUCGGAGGAGAAGACAUUCCUCGUCCUGCGACACCCGAUAUGACAACAGCACGCUGGAAUGAGAUUGCGCAGUGUUGGUCGCCUGAUGUAUCUGCUCGUCCUUCUGCCACAAUGGUCACGAGCUUCUUGAGGAGCGAACUAGAAAAUUUGACGAGUAACGAUAUCUCCGCUGGCGAAAUGAGAGAAAGUCAUUCAAAUGCAAUGUUUGAGGCAGAACAAGGAAAUACAUCCAUCAAUACAUCCAUCAAUACCUCCAAAUCCAAGGCCAAGCAAAAUGGAAGGGGUCAACGUAUUUCGGCAGACGAUCUUUUCACGCUCUCAGGCUCCCAAAGAGGACUUCCCCCGGGGAGAACAGUGACUACUACGGCAGCGCGUUCCGACACUAUCUAUGAUGACCCCGGAAUACAACUGGUAGCAGAAAAUCUGACAGGUCAGAUCUUCGGUGGAAUAAAUGACUAUGUUGCCAGUGGUGCAUUCGCAAACAUUUACAGAUGUGAAUGGAGACAACCGUCGGGCCCCGUCAAAAAGGUCGCAGUAAAAACCUUCAGGUACCAAAUGGAUCCCGCCUCAGAGCAGGACUUAAGAAGGUUUCGACGAGCAACUGGAAUAUGGGCACACCUCGUCCAUAACAAUAUUGUCGCAUUUUAUGGAACGGCAGAGGGGUUCGGACCAACCACAGCCCUUGUCUCCCAGUGGUUUCCGGACGGCACGCUGUCCCAUCUGAUCAGAGAACAGGGUGCUACAUUGACCAUCAAGUCUAAAUUGAAGCUGCUUCACGGCAUAGCAUCUGGGCUCUACUAUAUUCACUCAUUUUCCGUUGUUCACGGUGACAUUACGAGCUCUAACGUUUUGGUAGAUCUCAAAGAAGGAGAAUAUAAGGCUUGCCUAACAGACUUCGGUUUGUCAAAUGUCCUCCACGGACGUUUAAAAAUGUACGAAAUUGAAGGAUCAACUGUUCGGCCUGGUGCAAUCAGGUGGACUGCGCCUGAGUUGCUCGGGUCACGUGAUUCCCCUUCCGAUAUCAGACCGACCACGCAGAAUGACAUGUAUUCCUUUGGUCGUGUCAUGUUCCAUUUGUUAACUCUGAUUGCUCCUUGGCAUGACAUUGUCGAGUACAAAGUCCUUCAAAAAAUCCAAAAUGGAGAGGAUGUCCCGCGUCCUGAGGUAUCCGAAGCGACAUCUGACGUCACAGACGCCCGCUGGGGUCAUAUCGAGCAGUGUUGGUCAAUUGAUCCACCUGCUCGUCCAUGUGCCCUAACGGCUAUGAACUUCAUAACAGGGGAGCUAGAGGCUUUGAAACAGGAUGUAAGCUCAUGACUUAUCUGGUCAUGUAGGAGUAGAAUUUCUGACCCUGAUAGAACGUCCUUGUUGACGGGGUACAAGAAAGUCAUCAAGAUCCAUACUUGGCCACGGAGCAGGCUAGGAUUUCGACCGUAUUGUCGUUCCAGUCUUCCUCGCGAACCCUUGUUCCGUC